AUGGAUGUCUCUGUGCUUUGCCUGCUGCCUCAGGCGGUGCUGGCACGGUGGGCUUGUGUUCGAGCCUGCCCACCAUCCUGCACCUGCACGCAGGAGAAGAGCUGCAGCGUGCUCUGCGACCGCUCCGGCCUGGCUGAGCUGCCCAAGGAGUUUCCGUGCGAGGCCUCCGCCAUCAACUUGGAUAAAAACAGGCUCAAGUUCUUAUCAGAAAGGGCCUUUGGUACCCUGCCCUCCCUCAAGUCUCUCUCUCUGGACCACAACAACAUCUCCUUCAUUACCCCAGGAGCCUUUAAGGGACUCUCGAACUUGGUGGAGCUGAAAAUGGCGCACAACGAGUACAUCAGCUACCUUCACACACGAACUUUCACAGGGCUGAAGAAGCUGGUGCGCCUCGACUUGUCCGACUGUAACCUGUUCAGCAUCCCUGAUCGUAUCUUUAUAGAGCAAACGGCACUGAAGGAGCUGCUCUGCUUCCAAAACAACUUCAGGAGGAUCCCAGGGGCCAUCAGAGGCAUGGAAAACCUGACUCACAUCUAUCUGGAGAGAAACAAGAUAGAGGCGGUGGCCUACAACUCCCUGCUGGGCCUGGGUAGCCUCAAGUACCUGAACCUCCAGGGGAACCGCAUCAACGUGAUCCAUGAGCAGGCCUUCCAGGACCUUACACGGCUGGAGAACCUUUACCUCAAUGACAACUUGCUGUCUGAUUUGCCCAAGCUCGCCUUCAAAGGCCUCAGCCGGCUCAAGAUGCUCAACCUCGGGGGUAACCAGUUGACCAACCUGUCCAAGACCUGGUUCAGUGACCUGGUGGAGCUGGAGGUCCUGUACCUAGACAGGAACCAGCUGCUAUACAUCGAGGAGGGCACUUUUGAGAACCUGACCAGCCUAAUCACGCUCCACCUGAACAGCAACAAUCUUACCACCCUUCCCUUCCCUGUUUUCCAGCCCAUCUACUUCCUGGGCCGGCUUUACCUCUUCAGAAACCCCUGGGAGUGCGACUGCUCCCUUGAGUGGCUGAAGGAGUGGAUGGAAAACUACAAGCUGGUGCGGGACAUCCCCUGCGCUUCACCUUCCUCUGUGGCCGGACUGGAUCUUGGUGAGGUGGUCUUCGCCAAGUUGAACGGCACAUGUGUGGACCCUGCCGAUCUCAACCUAACUACGGCCUCCUCGGAGAUCGCCUCCACCACAGAGAACCGCUUCAAAAGCCUCAUUUUCACGCUGAUCCACCCAGAGUUCGGGGAUCAGAUGGGGAACGGCACAGAGAGCCUCCGCAACGGGACCCUGAUUGAGAGCGAGGAUGGGCAGCUCUCUGCAGGGGUCACAGGUCAACGGGCCUGGCCAAGCGAGUCUCUUUUCUGCUUCAUUGUGAUGUGGCUCAGCUUGGGUUUGAUUGGCCAGUCAGAUCUUUUUUUCUCUCUGUACUGCACGUGA